AGUAAUGCACACGAAUCCGGAAGUGACGCCAGGAGAAGAGGAAGUGAAGGCUACAGGGUAUCCACGUGGGUUCUGAGCGUGUUUCUACGUACCUGGAAGCCGGUCAUUUAAGCUCACUCCCCGCCACGGCUUAGUCAACAUGGGUCGCUCGGGAAAGUUGCCCUCUGGUGUCUCAGCUAAGUUGAAGCGCUGGAAGAAAGGCCACAGCAGCGACAGCAACCCCGCCAUCUGCCGCUACCGCCAGGCCGCACGCAGCCGCUUCUUUAGCCGGCCGUCAGGAAGGAGUGACCUGACAGUCGAUGCUGUGAAGUUACAUAAUGAGCUGCAGUCAGGGUCCUUGCGCUUGGGCAAAAGCGAAGCCCCCGAGACGCCCAUGGAAGAAGAGGCGGAGCUGGCUGUCACCGAGAAGUCCUCGGGCACCUUCCUGAGUGGCCUUUCCGACUGCACAAACGUCACCUUCAGCAAAGUACAGCGCUUCUGGGAGUCCAACUCGGCUGCCCACAAGGAGAUCUGUGCUGUUCUGGCUGCUGUCACUGAGGUGAUUCGCUCCCAGGGAGGGAAGGAGACAGAGACUGAGUACUUCGCUGCUCUGAUGACAACAAUGGAAGCUGUGGAGUCCCCGGAGUCCCUGGCUGCCGUUGCUUACCUGCUGAACCUUGUCCUGAAGCGUGUUCCCAGCCCUGUGCUCAUUAAGAAGUUCUCUGAUACCUCCAAAGCCUUCAUGGAUAUCAUGUCAGCUCAGGCCAGCAGCGGCUCAACCUCUGUACUCCGAUGGGUCCUUUCCUGCCUGGCCACCCUUCUGCGGAAGCAAGACCUGGAGGCCUGGGGCUACCCCGUGACCCUUCAGGUGUAUCAUGGGCUGCUGAGCUUCACGGUGCAUCCCAAGCCCAAGAUCCGGAAGGCUGCCCAGCAUGGAGUAUGCUCAGUCCUCAAGGGCAGUGAAUUCAUGUUUGGUGAAAAGGCCCCUGCCCAUCAUCCUGCUGCCAUUUCCACUGCCAAGUUCUGCAUCCAGGAGAUUGAGAAGUCUGGAGGCUCUAAGGAGGCCACCACCAUGCUGCACAUGCUGACGCUGCUGAAGGACCUGCUGCCCUGCUUCCCGGAAGGCCUGGUGAAGAGCUGCAGUGAGACUCUCCUCAGGGUCAUGACCUUGAGCCAUGUGCUGGUGACAGCCUGUGCCAUGCAGGCCUUUCACAGCCUCUUCCACGCCAGGCCUGGCCUGAGCACCCUGUCGGCAGAGCUCAACGCCCAGAUCAUCACGGCCCUGUAUGACUAUGUUCCCAGUGAGAAUGAUUUACAGCCCCUGCUAGCCUGGCUUAAGGUCAUGGAGAAAGCCCACAUCAACCUGGUGAGGUUGCAGUGGGACCUGGGGCUAGGCCACCUCCCUCGCUUUUUUGGAACUGCGGUGACCUGCCUCCUUUCCCCACACUCACAAGUGGUGACCGCUGCUACGCAGAGCCUCAAGGAGAUCCUGAAGGAAUGCGUGGCUCCCCACAUGGCUGACAUUGGCUCCGUGACCUCCUCGGCCUCAGGCCCUGCCCAAUCUGUUGCCAAGAUGUUCAGGGCAGUGGAGGAGGGCCUGACGUACAAAUUCCAUGCGGCCUGGAGCUCCGUGUUGCAGCUGCUGUGUGUCUUCUUCGAGGCAUGUGGGAGGCAGGCCCACCCUGUGAUGAGGAAGUGCCUCCAGUCCCUGUGUGACCUGCGCCUCUCCCCUCAUUUCCCCCACACGGCGGCUCUCGACCAGGCAGUGGGGGCUGCGGUGACCAGUAUGGGACCUGAGGUGGUGCUGCAGGCUGUGCCUUUGGAAAUUGAUGGCUCUGAGGAGACUCUGGAUUUCCCACGGAGCUGGCUGCUGCCUGUCAUCCGAGACCAUGUUCAGGAAACGCGACUUGGUUUUUUCACCACCUACUUCUUGCCCCUGGCUAACACCCUGAAGAGCAAAGCCAUGGACCUGGCUCAGGCAGGCAGCACAGUGGAGUCUAAGAUCUACGACACACUCCAGUGGCAGAUCUGGACACUCCUGCCUGGGUUCUGCACGAGGCCCACAGAUGUGGCCAUCUCCUUCAAAGGGCUGGCACGGACGCUGGGCACGGCCAUCAGUGAGCGUCCAGACCUGAGGGUCACCGUGUGCCAGGCCCUGCGCACCCUCAUCACCAAGGGCUGCCAGGCAGAGGCCGACCGUGCUGAAGUGAGUCGCUUUGCCAAGAACUUUCUGCCGAUCCUCUUCAACCUGUAUGGGCAGCCCAUGGCAGCCGGGGACACUCCAGCCCCUCGCCGGGCUGUGCUGGAAACCAUCAGAACUUACCUCACCAUCACUGACACUCAGUUGGUGAACAGUCUCCUCGAAAAAGCCAGUGAGAAGGUGCUCGACCCUGCCAGCUCUGACUUUACCAGAUUGUCUGUCCUGGACCUGGUAGUGGCCUUGGCUCCAUGUGCUGACGAAGCUGCCAUCAGCAAGCUAUACUCCACCAUCCGGCCCUACCUAGAGAGCAAGGCCCACGGGGUGCAGAAGAAAGCCUACCGAGUGCUGGAGGAGGUGUGUGCCAGUCCUCAGGGCCCCGGGGCCCUCUUCGUGCAGAGCCACCUGGAGGACCUGAAGAAGACACUGCUGGACUCGCUGCGGAGCACCUCCUCGCCCGCCAAGAGGCCCCGUUUGAAGUGCCUCCUACACAUCGUGAGGAAGCUCUCAGCUGAACACGAGGAGUUCAUCAGUGCCCUCGUCCCAGAGGUGAUCCUGUGCACCAAGGAGGUGUCGGUGGGCGCACGGAAGAACGCUUUUGCACUGCUCGUGGAGAUGGGCCAUGCUUUCCUAAGGUUUGGCUCGAACGAGGAAGGUAAGGCCCAGGGGGCUGGGGGUGGACACUCUGCUCAUAGACUGGGUGGAGGGAAGCACCCCUCAAAAACGGUGGAGAGAGCUCCGUGCCCUGGCCCUGGGCAGGCUGCUCCUCUCUGGCCCUCAGUCCCCCUACCUGGUGGGUCCUUCCUGCUUGACCCACCUUGGUCUCUGUCCCCAGAGGCCUUGCAGCGCUACCUUGUCCUGAUCUACCCUGGCCUGGUGGGCGCGGUGACCAUGGUCAGCUGCAGCAUCCUGGCCCUGACCCACCUCCUUUUCGAGUUUAAAGGUCUGAUGGGGACCAGCACAGUGGAGCAGCUGCUGGAGAAUGUGUGCCUGCUUCUGGCCUCCCGCACCCGUGAUGUGGUCAAGUCUGCACUGGGCUUCAUCAAGGUGGCGGUGACCGUCAUGGACGUGGCGCACCUGGCCAAGCAUGUGCAGCUGGUGAUGGAAGCCAUUGGGAAGCUUUCAGAUGACAUGCGGCGGCACUUCCGCAUGAAGCUUCGGAACCUGUUCACCAAGUUCAUCCGCAAGUUUGGAUUUGAGCUAGUGAAAAGGCUGUUGCCCGAGGAGUACCACAAAGUCCUGGUCAACAUCCGGAAAGCUGAGGCCCGGGCCAAGAGGCACCGAGCCCUGAGCCAGGCUGCCACGGAGGAGGAAGAAGAGGAGGAGGAGGAGGAGGAGCCUGCCCAGGGCAAAGGCGACAGCAUUGAGGAGAUUUUAGCUGACUCAGAGGACGAGGAGGACAAUGAGGAGGAAAGAAGCCGAGGCAAGGAGCAGCGGAAGCUGGCACGACAGAGGAGCCGGGCAUGGCUGAAAGAGGGUGGUGGGGACGAGCCCCUCAACUUCCUGGAUCCCAAGGUGGCCCAGCGAGUCCUGGCCACACAGCCAGGGCCAGGCCGGGGCAGGAAGAAGGACCACGGCUUCAAGGUGAGCGCCGAUGGCCGGCUGAUCAUAAGGGAGGAGGCAGACGGCAACAAGAUGGAGGAAGAGGAAGGCGCCAAAGGUGAAGAUGAAGACAUGGCUGACCUAAUGGAAGAUGUGAUCAUCAGGAGUAAAAAGCACCAGAAGCUCAAGCACCAGAAAGAGGCUGAGGAGGAGGAGCUGGAGAUACCCCCUCAGUACCAAGCUGGAGGCUCUGGCAUUCAUCGCCCUGUGGCCAAGAAGGCUAUGCCUGGGGCCGAAUACAAGGCCAAGAAAGCAAAAGGUGAUGUGAAGAAGAAAGGCCGGCCCGAUCCCUAUGCCUACAUCCCCCUCAACAGAAGCAAGCUCAACCGCAGGAAGAAGAUGAAGCUGCAGGGACAGUUCAAAGGCCUGGUGAAGGCUGCCCGGCGAGGUUCCCAGGUGGGACACAAAAACCGCAGAAAGGAUCAUCGGCCCUGAGGCCCAGGGCCCCUGGGCUGCCCUGUGGUCCAGUCUGAGGCCCUUUCAGCCCCCAGGCUGCCUUGCCACCAGCUCCAGGUGCUCAAGAUUCUGGCAGAGCCUGGACUCAGGAUGACUUGGAACUAGGGCUUGGCUCUCAGAAGUCCUGGAUUUUGGAAACUCCAAAUGGAAUCACCCUUCAGAGACAUCCCUGGUGCCUGGAGAUGGGAAUGUGGCCUCUGCCUCUGAGUAGGUGCCAUGAGGCACCUUUGCUUUCUGCCCAGAGUGGCCAUGAGCACCAGAACAGAUGAUCUCCGUUUCUGCCAGUUGCUUGUAGCCACAUGGCAUUCUGGCUAUGGUCUGGGUGAGAUUUAUUGUGACCAGAUGUAGAAUAAAUGUGUCUCAUCCUGCA